UGCGCGUCGGUCGUGCUCUCAGUGUCUCUCCGCGCUUCGAUACGUGCGUUUUGAUUUGUGCUAGUCGGUGCGCCGUUACCUCCCCUCCCCUGCGCAAAGCUGCGAGCCAUCGACAGAGUUGAGAGAGUUUAAGUGCUUCGCUCGUUUCUUCCCUUCGGGACUCUUGCACUCCGCGACCGACGUUACGGGAGCAUCAUGGCCGAGAGUAAGGGCGCGUUAAUCGCGAAGACAGUGCAAAAACAUGCAGGCAGAGCGAAAGAGAAGUUUCUUCAAAAUCUAGGCAAGGUCGAUCGAACGGCAGAUGAUAUAUUCGACGAGCAUCUGCAGAACUUCACGAGGCAGCAGAACUCCGCCAACAAACUACAAAAGGAGUUUAACAAUUACAUCAGAUGUGUUCGAGCGGUGCAAGCUGCCUCGAAGACACUUAUGGACUCGUUGAAUGAAAUUUACGAGAGCCAGUGGACUGGACACGACCUGUUGUACGUGCAGGCACAAAAUCUUGACAUGCUAUGGCAAGAUUUCACUCACAAGCUCGCGGACCAAGUUCUUGUACCACUCAACACAUAUCAGAGCCAAUUCCCGGAGAUGAGGAAAAAGAUCGACAAGCGUGGUCGUAAGUUGGUAGAUUACGACAGUCAAAGACACAACUUCCAAUCCCUGCAGUGUAAUCCAAAGAAAAGGGACGAACUCAAAGUGUCCCGAGGGAAGGAACUGUUAGAAGAGGCAAAACGUACAUACGAGCAGCUGAAUUCCGAGCUGCACGAUGAACUGCCGGCGUUAUACGACUCGCGCGUUCUUUUCCUCGUCACUAAUCUGCAGACGCUUUUUGCCGCGGAGCAAGUGUUUCACACUGAAAGUUCUAAGGUAUAUUCGGAAUUAGAAGCGAUCGUCGAUAAAUUGGCUAAUGAAAGUCAGCGAGGAUCUUACACACUUAAGAAGAACACGGAACCGCAAUCGCCGAAAUCGCCAAACGCGAACUCGUCCCUGAUAAUCAACACGAAACCAGCGCAGAACAAUAUCUCAGAAGCUUUGAAUGAUACCGUGCCCGCUGCCAGAGAUACGUCGCCGACCACCCAGAUAAAUGGCAACGCUAACAGCAAUGCUAAUAGCAACGCUAACAGCAAUGAUAAUUCUCUCAAUAACCAGGAUGCGUCGCCGCAGAACGCAGUUGCGCCUUCCAAACAGGUCGAGGAGCUAUACGAUAUUCCAGCUGGCAGGUCCAUGACUAACGGGGCGGACUCGAUCAAUCUAGAGGCGGAAUAUGAAAAUGCUACCAAUUUAUCUGUAGGGGCGACUACCGACAAUCUACCGCCGGGCGUUUUGUACAGGGUUAAAGCCACUUACAAAUAUACUCAAGAGGACGUGGACGAGCUGUCAUUUGACGUCGGCGAAAUCAUUCGCGUCGUGGAAUAUGAUGAUCCCGAGGAACAGGAAGAAGGAUGGUUAAUGGGUAUCAAGGAAGGCACCAACGAGAAGGGUAUGUUCCCAGCGAAUUUCACGAAACCGCUGUGAGGGCUGUAGUCGUUUCGCCAUUCACACUCCAAUGCUCAUCAGAGACAGCGUAUUUUACUUUAAGGUAGUAGAAAAAGUCACGUAAUUAAAUGGGAAAUACAUAUAUGAGUUUCGUGCGGUCAUUCGAAUAUUACGCACGACGACGUAUAUAAGUAAAAGCGAAUUGAAAAGAGUCAGACGACGGGCUGCAGGAGGCGUAAGGGGGAGGGGGCGGAGAAUUCGAUAAGAUAGUUAUGCUGGACGGUACUGCGGAGAAAAUCAAUCACCCCAAAGUGCCUUAACCCAGCCACUGUCUGUGCCAACAUUCACUCUUAUUCGUCAAAAAUAUGGGAUUAAAUCUCUCAUAUCAAAUGUACGAAUACACAUUUCGAAAUAAUAAUCAAAUGAGAUAUUUAAGUGACUAAUAUAUUAUAACACACACGUACACAUACACACAUACACAACGAUAUUCAUUAUUAUAAUAUAAAACGCGAAAGGUAUAUAUUAAAUUAAUAUUAUUUUAUGAAAUUGUACAUAGAUCUAUAUUACUUAAGAGUAUUUUACGAAAUAACUUUGUGGCCACUGAAAAGGAUCACUAAGAGAUAUAUAUCUUAAAGUUUAAGAGCACUCGCGAUGUGUGAGAAGCCCCUUCUUAUUCAACAGGAGGUAAGCCGUAAAAUCUUCAAGGUCCAAUUAUCUAUCUGCAUUCGUAAAGUAAGAUUCUACAUUAUUUAUUCGCCUACAGUUCAAGAUUCUAGCAAUAGAUCCCAUUAAACUUUCGCCAAAUGCCAAAUUUUUCAACGACGUAAUAAUAGAUAUCAAUGAAGUGAUACGUAAAAGAAAGAUGAAUAUUACGAUGUAUAAAUGAAAUGAGUAUAGUUUUUGAGUAUUUAUGAUUGUUUUUUCUGUCUCUUUUUGGAGCAUAAAUUUUUCAAAGGAAUCUACAAGUUUUAUUCACUUGUAUCCGCAAUCUUAUACAUAUGUAUGUAGAGAAUGGGGUAGCGACAAAAAAGCGUUUAUUAUUAUAUUAUUAUUACUAUUGUUAUUAUUAUUAUUGCUAUAAUUAUUAUCGCUCCCGUAUCUAUUCAUGUUGUCAAGAUAGAAAACAAAUACGUAACGAACCGAAACUUUUGUAGACUCGAUCAAUACUCGUUAGAUCUGCCGAAAAUAAACUUGUAUUCACAUCUUGUGUA